CCACUCUCCAAACAGAUGUCAUAUGACGUUCUCAUCUCACUCAUUUUAUGCAGUUUUUAUGCACCCCUUAACAGGUUAAAGUAUACUACUUAUUGUGUCAGAACGGAUAGAAAAGACGUAUUGUUUUAUUUUACUUUGUAAUGUAUCAGUUUGUAGAAUGCGGUUUGUAGCAUCACUAUGUGUUCUUGUUCUCUCGAUGGUUGUCCACGCCACUAACAGUGAGCAGGAUAUCGCUCAAGGAUUGGAACACGGACAAGAAGCAGAACAUGAAAACCAACAGUGGAAGGUUGUCUGCUACUUCACGCAAUGGUCUAAGUGGAGGCAAGGAGAUGGAAAAUACACACCGGACAAUAUAGACCCUCAUCUCUGCACUCACAUCAUAUUUGCCUUUGCCAAGAUUGAAAACUACAAUCUGGUCCCAUUUGAAUCUUCGGACCUGCAAGUCUACAAGCAACUAACGAGAUUCAAGAAAAUAAACCCUAACUUAAAAAUCCUCAUCGCUGUAGGCGGUUACAACGCAGGAUCUGCUCCCUUCAAACAGAUCUCAUCUCUUUAUUCUGCUCGCAAGAAGUUCGUCUUCAAUGUCAUCCGCUUCCUGCGCCACCACGGAUUUGACGGGUUCGACGUGGAUUGGGAGUAUCCUUCGGGCAAUGAUGACAAGAAAAACCUCGUUUUUCUCAUGAAAGACCUAAGGGAAACGUUUGAAGCUGAAAGAGCACAUUCUCGGCUACUGUUGACUGCUGCAGUGGCUGUGGGUACGGAGAAAGUAGAAGCUGGCUACGAUAUUCCGGCGUUAUCCAGGUUUGUAGACUUCUUCAAUCUGAUGACGUACGAUUUUCACGGAUUCUGGGACCACCAGACCGGGCACAACGCCCCUUUGUACGCUCUCUCUUCCGACAGUGAGUACUUCAAGACGCUGACGGUGCUCUAUGCGGUAACCAUGUGGGCGAACAAGGGAGCGCCGACGAACAAGCUGGUAGUAGGCAUACCCUCAUACGGUCGCUCGUACACGCUGGUGAAUCCGGCUAACAGCAGCAUUGGCGCACCAGCUUCCGCCGGCCGACCUGGUGAAUAUACCGAAGAGGCCGGAGUACUCGCUUAUUAUGAGGUGUGUCAGAUGCUAGGCAGUGGAGCGAGGUACAUAUGGAACGACGAGAUGAAGGCACCGUACGCUGUCAAGGACAAUCAAUGGGUGGGCUUUGAUGACGAGCGGAGUGUCAGAGAAAAAGUGAAUUUUAUCAAGAGGUUGGGUUGCGCUGGAGCCAUGAUGUGGUCGCUGGAUAUGGACGAUUUCACCGGCAAAAUGUGCAGCAAAGGGCGGAACCCACUGCUGACAGCAAUCAAGACAACUCUAAGAGGUAACACGACCAAUGAAGGGGACGAGCCAGAUUUUACUACGCCUGAUGCAGCAACAACAUCUUCACCAGAAACCUGGAGUACAACUACUACUUUUUCGAAACCUCCUUCAGAAAGUUGUGACCACGGAGCCUACUAUCCUCAUGAGACAGAUUGCCGACAGUUCUAUCACUGCAGUCACGGGACCAAGGUUUUGAAGAUUUGCGGCCCUGGUUCCGCGUUUAACCCAGAUUACAAUGUUUGUGACUGGCCACAAAACGUGGCGAAAUGCAAGGAGAAUAACAAAGAGAACACACCCUCUGUGACAUGUGAACACGGUAAUUACAUCCCCCACGAGACCGACUGCCGCAAGUUCUACCUCUGUUCUCACGGCACGAAACAUGUCCAGAGUUGUGGCUACGGCACAGUGUUCAACCCUUCUCUCCUCGCCUGUGACUGGCCUCAGAACGUGCAGAUGCAGAGUUGCCAACACUGACACAGCUUAACAUUAGAAAAGUGUCUUGAUCGUUAUCAUGCAUAAAUCACAUAAGCACAUGUUCUGGUUAUUGCAAUUAAAAAAUGUUAUUAUUACAAUAAAUAAACCUACGGUCUUCUUA